GCCUAGCACGUUACUUUGGAUUGUCGUUAGAAAUUUUUUAUGAAGUUAUUAGAGCGAUACGUGAAUCAGCAUAUUACGCUUAUAUAAAAGUCAGUUUUUCGCAUAAUAUUGCCCAGUUUUGUGUGUGAUACCAGAAAUAAUAAUACACUUGUACAAUGAGAGGCAUUAGCAUCAAAGAGUUUGGUGGACCAGAAGUCCUCAAGAUAAACGAAAACUUAAAAGUUCCGCAGCCUAAUGAUGAUCAGUUAUUAAUAAAGGUGUCGGCUGCUGGAGUGAAUCCUGUAGAUACUUAUAUAAGAUCAGGGUCGUUCCCUAACUCCCCUUCCCUACCUUUCACUCCAGGCUACGAUGCUGCUGGAGUAGUCGAGAAAGUUGGUAAAAAUGUCAAAAAUUUUAAGAAAGGAGAGCGUGUUUUUACAACCUGUAAUUUUCAAGGCUCUGGUACUUACGCUGAAUAUGUUGUUGCUAACCCGAUACACGUUGGCCAUCUUGGAAAUAAGUUAAGUUUUGAAGAGGGCGCUGGUAUUGGUGUACCAUAUUAUACAGCCUAUAAGGCAUUUAGAAUUCUUGUUGGAGGUAAAGGUGGUGAUACUGUUCUAGUUCAUGGUGCCAGUGGUGCUGUUGGUUUAGCUAGUGUACAGAUAGCUAAAUCUCUAGGAUGUACAGUGAUAGGAACAGCAGGGACUGAGGAGGGAUUAAAAUUGGUCAAAGCUAACGGAGCUGACUUUGUUUUUAACCAUAGAGAAGCUGGUUACGAAAAGAAAAUAAAGUCGUGUGUACCUGGCGGUGUUACAGUUAUUCUAGAAAUGUUAGCCAACGUCAACCUUGCUAAAGAUAUUGAUAUCAUUAAUCGUAAAGGAAGAAUUAGUCUUAUUGGAAGUCGAGGUGAA